CGCCGCCCGGGCUCUCGGCUCUUCCCGCCGCCCCCGCUCCCCCGCUCGCAUGUCCGCGCCGCCUUAGCCGAGGAUGCUGAGGAUGAAGCUGCCGCCGAAGUCGACGCACCCCAGCGAGCCGCCACCCGACGCGGAGGAGCCCGAGGCGGACGCGCGGCCGGGCGCAAAGGCGCCGCCGCGCCGCCGCCGCGACUGCCGCCCGCCGCCGCCGCCCACGGGCCUGUCGCGGGCCCCCCCUCCGCCGCCGCCGUCGCCGCCCCGGGGGCUCGAGCCGCCUGUUGCUGACGGGCCGACGGCGGGCAUGCCGGGCGGCGGCGGGCACGCGGCGGCGCUGCGCGAGCAGGAGCGGGUGUACGAGUGGUUCGGGCUGGUGCUGGGCUCGGCGCAGCGCCUGGAGUUCAUGUGCGGGCUGCUGGACCUGUGCAACCCGCUGGAGCUGCGCUUCCUCGGCUCGUGCCUGGAGGACUUGGCGCGCAAGGACUACCACUACCUGCGCGACUCCGAGGCCAAGGCCAACGGCCUCUCGGACCCAGGGUCGCUGGCCGACUUCAGAGAACCCGCCGUGCGUUCGCGCCUCAUCGUGUACCUGGCGCUGCUGGGCUCGGAGAACCGGGAGGCCGCCGGCCGCCUGCACCGCCUCCUGCCCCAGGUGGACGCGGUGCUCAGGAGCCUCCGCGCGACGCGGGCCGAGGGCUCGCGUGGCAGCGUGGAGGACGAGCCGGGUGGCGAUGGCGAGCAGGACGCGAAGAAGGACGGCCUCGGCCCGGAAGGCGGCGGCUGCGCCGAGCUCGGGACUGGAGGCGGGCUUGGCUUCAGGGCCCAGGAGGAACUGCUGCUGCUCUUCACCAUGGCUUCGCUGCACCCGGCUUUCUCCUUCCACCAGCGGGUCACCCUGAGGGAGCACCUGGAGAGGCUCCGCAGCGCGCUCCGCGUGGAGCCCGUGGACGCGGAGGUGGAGGCGUGCAACUUUGCGGGCUCCAGGGCCCAGAACGACUCUGCUUGUGGUGAUUAUAUACAGAAUAAUGAGACUGGCUUAGUAGAACAAGCCCAGAUACCUCAAGAUGGACUCACUCUGGCCCCUCACAGAGCUCAGCGAGAAGCUGUACACAUUGAGAAGAUAAUGUUGAAAGGAGUCCAGAGAAAAAGGGCUGACAAAUAUUGGGAGUACACUUUCAAAGUAAAUUGGUCUGACCUUUCAGUCACAACAGUAACAAAAACCCACCAAGAGCUACAGGAGUUCCUACUGAAGCUUCCAAAGGAAUUGUCUUCUGAGACCUUUGACAAGACCAUCUUAGGAGCCCUAAAUCAGGGGUCUUUAAAAAGGGAAGAGCGGCGACACCCUGACCUGGAGCCCAUCUUAAGGCAGCUAUUCUCAACUUCAUCCCAGGCUUUUCUUCAGAGUCAGAAGGUCCGCAGCUUUUUUCGGUCAAUAUCAUCGGAGUCUCAACAUAGUCUCAAUAACUUACAGUCCUCUCUGAAGACUUCUAAGAUUUUAGAACACUUAAAAGAAGACAGCUCAGAAGCUUCAAGUCAAGAAGAAGAUGUGUUACAGCACACCGUAAUCCACAAGAAACAUCCCGGGAAGAGUCCCACUGUGAACAGUGUUGGUACGAGCUGCUCUCCCCUGGACGGGCUUACCAUGCAGUAUGCAGAACAGAAUGGAGUUGUGGAUUGGAGGAACCAAGGUUGUGCCGCCAUCCAGCACCCAGAGCACUGUAUGACCUCGACUGACCAACCCUCUGCUGAAAAACGGAGCUUAUCUUCAGGAAGUAAGAAGAAAGGGAAGCCACAAAUAGAAAAGGAGAAAAUGAAGAAAACCGAGAACAGACCGAAUAGUAGAAUAAACGGUAUUAGACUCUCGACUCCGCAGCACGCUCCUGGAAGUGUGGUGAAAGAGUUGUUAUUUCUAGAUAUGAACUUGGACAUUGGAUCGGGACAUGACACCUGUGGAGAAACGUCUUCAGAGAGUUACAGUUCUCCGUCUAGUCCACGACAUGAUGGGAGAGAAAGUUUUGAAAGUGAAGACGAAAAAGACAGAGACACAGACAGCAAUUCUGAAGAUUCUGGGAACCCAUCAGCAGCCAGGUUUACAGAUUAUGGCUCUGUCAACCAGACCAUUGCUGUCAAGCCUCCUGUCCAGAUUCUCUCACUGGGGAGCGAGAAUGGAAGCCUGUUAGAAGCCCCGCUGACCUCACACAAGUACCCGCAUAUCCCCUUCAUGCCAGCGCUGCACUGUGUCAUGCACAAUGGUGCCCAGAAGUCAGAAGUUGUCAUUCCUUCACCCAAAUCUGCAGAUGGCAAAACAAUAGGGAUGCUUGUUCCUAAUCCUAUGGCUAUUUCUACAGUGAUGGAGUCUACAAAUUCAAGCCCUGUUGGAAUCCUAGGCCCAACAGCUUCUGGAGAAACAGAGAAACACCUGGAAUUGUUGGCUUCCCCGUUACCAAUCCCGUCAUCUCUCCUUCCACACAGCAGUGCUCCUGCUCUGCAGCUGACAUUGCAGAGGCUAAAAUUGCCACCUCCGCAGGGGUCUUCUGAGAGUUGCACAGUUAAUAUUCCACAACAGCCAACCGGAAGUCUGAGCAUGGGAUCACCAAACACUGCCUUUAUUCCUGUCCAUAACCCAGGUAGUUUUCCAGGAUCUCCGGUGGCUGCCUCGGACCCCAUCACAAAGUCUGCAUCCCAAGUGGUAGGACUCAAUCAAAUGGUGCCUCAGAUUGAGGGAAACACAGGGACAGUCCCUCAGCCUACCAAUGUGAAGGUAGUUCUUCCUGCAGCUGGCCUCUCAGCCGCACAACCACCAGCUUCCUACUCCUUCCCAGGCUCGCCCCUUGCUGCCAGUGUGCUACCCACCCAGAAUUCCAGUGUGCUCAACACAGGCACUUCUGCCCAGCCAACAAGUGGAGGCAUCGGUCAAGCCCAGUCCCCAGCUCCUCCUGCUGUUCCUACCCACACCCCAGGCCCUGUCCCCAGCCCCAGCCCUGCCUUGACACACAGUACUGCUCAGAGUGACAGCACAUCCUACAUUAACGCUGUGGGCAGCACGAACGCUAAUGGGACCAUAGUGCCGCCACAGCAUGUGGGCUCGGGUCCUUGUGGCUCCUGUGGGCGAAGGUGCAGCUGUGGGACCAAUGGGAACCUCCAGCUAAAUGGUUACUAUUACCCCAAUCCCAUGCCUGGACCAAUGUACCGAGUCCCGUUCUUCACUCUGCCCUCCAUUUGCAAUGGCAGCUACCUCAACCAAGCACAUCAGAGCAAUGGAAACCAACUUCCUUUUUUUCUGCCUCAGACUCCAUAUGCAAAUGGACUGGUGCAUGACCCAGUCAUGGGGAGCCAAGCCAACUAUGGCAUGCAACAGAUGGCAGGAUUUGGGAGAUUGUAUCCUGUGUAUCCAGCACCUAAUGUAGUUGCCAAUACCAGUAGUUCUGGGCCCAAGAAGAAUGGGAAUGUGUCAUGUUACAAUUGUGGUGUGAGCGGACACUAUGCACAGGACUGUAAGCAGUCGUCCAUGGAGGCCAAUCAACAAGGCACUUACAGACUGAGAUACGCACCUCCCCUCCCCCCUUCUAAUGAUACGUUGGAUUCUGCAGACUGACCGAGUAAAGCCUGCCUACUUAAUGCACUCAAGUGUGGGGAGUCAUGGGUGUGGAGGGGAGGAAAGGAAAGGUAUUUUGUCUCUUUGUCUGUCUACUGUCUACAUUUCCAUGCAGUUGGAGUUUUCAUUUCUCUUGUACCAAUGUCCAAAAUAAGGAAGAAUGCAGAGCUCCUGAGCCCCUGGUCCCCGGGUCAACAGCAGGCCUGGAUGACACGUGUAACGUAACUUCAGACAGACUCUGGAACGAAAAGCGUUGCUGUGUGCUUUUCUACACUGACUACUUGCUGUGUGCAAUGUUUACUGAAUCUGAACUGUGUCGACCUUAUUUGUCCUCACAAUACUGGCCUCGGCGUAUGGUUUCUCACGUUGACCCUGGCCUGCCGCGGGAAUGCUCAGCACUGCGCCUGUCGUGCUUCUGUGACCUGCUCUGUAUGACAGGGAACAUGUCCCACCAUUCAUUGUAGAAGUCAGAUCCCUGAGAAGUAUGUAUAUAUGUCAUAAAAAACGCCACGUAAAUACAUAUAUACAGCACUUACCCACGUACCCUGGGAACAAGUGGGAGAGCGAGUCAGGCUGGGGAGCUGAAGCUGCAGCAGACGGCUUUCCUUCCAUCAUACAGACAGACAGGGUGAGCGCACCGUGUGGAUGGUGUCUGUACGCUUGUGUCUGUGAUGCCUGUCAACAGCCAGUUCUCCUGGUGACACACUGCUUGAGUGGAGAUGUCCUUCUGCUGCAGCACCAGCUGUGACGGUGGCACAUAUGUUUACAUGUGUAUGGUUGUCUCGUCUGCUCCCCAACCCGUGUCACUUUUAUAGCCGCUACCACGAUGCUGAUGAUGAUGUGAACGACUGGACUGAGUGGGCUGAGACGUUUACUCACGGCAGUGUCAUGCGCUGAGUUUAAUGCUGCUGGGGUUUGGUUUGUGUGUGUGUUUUUUUUUAAAGCCAAUCUGUGUACUAAAUUGCUUCCAGGUAAUUUUUGAUUUCCUGAAGUGCACUGAGGUUAUCUGGGAGAGUGACUGCUGCAUUCCACAGUAGUGAACAAGUACGACCACGUGGUUGUAAGCCUGAGGGGUAAGAGGGCUUCCGUUCCUCAGUAAAAUCGUAGAGGCGAUUGACUUGUGUUGUGGGGAAUACAGUUGGGGUGUGGCAGAGGCACUGAAAUGUUUGGUCUGGGUUCAGAAGCCAGACAUUGUGAGACAAAGAAAAAAAAACUUGAAGAACAAAGAAGCUGUUCAACACUUUAAAGUAGCGUUUAUAUUUAUAGCCCAAUGUACAUUCUGAGACCUUCAGGGGAGAGGAAGGGGGUGUGGCUGCGUAGGUAAGAGCUUUAAUUUAGAAGGAAAUUAUUUUGAUUAAAUAUAUUUUAUUUGAUCUGGGUAUUUUUGGACCACAUUAUUAAUUGCUAAGCUGCGGUUGAGUUGUUCGGGGAGAGUAUCUAAGCCUUGUCCAGGUGACUGGAGCUCCUGUUAGGAUUUCCAAUACUGUACUGUACAUAGGAGGUGUGCUGCCUUCUCGUUUGUAUGUUUACCAUACACUUUGAUAUUGAAAUGUUAUGUACUGGAAAGGCCACUUAUAUUUCUAGGACAGAUUGGAUUUUAUGCAACCUUUUUCCUUGAAUUAACAGCAAUAAAAAAAUGAAAACAGCUUAA